AUGGAAAAAUUCCAGACUUCCAUGCGCAAACGGCUCUACAGCUUGCCGCAAAACAUUGCGCAAAAACCUUUUGUAACUGACAGUGAAGGGGACACCUGGGACAAGGACACUAAGAAGAAAAGUAUUCGACUAAAACAUUUAUCCUCUCCUUCUCCUGCAAGCAGUUGCAGGAGCAUUGAGGAGGCCAGGAGCGAAGAUUUGGAAAGGGACGUUACUGUGAAGACCAACUUGAAUGGGGACUGUCGCUUUUUCAGAAGCAGCAUCUCUUCCAUCACCGGACGGCAUCUUCCCGGGUCAGAUUCAGCGGAGCAACGGCGCCUCAUCCCCGAGGUUGAUGCAGGUGUCAGUGAGAGUUUCCCCGUUGAGCACGGCCCAGGGGCCCAGCAACGAGCGGCUGAAGGGCUGAUUGGCGUUGCCGGGCAGCCGUCAGUGUUUGACCAGUCAAGUUUUAUCAAGUUGGAGGGUACCGAACAAAUAAUACCUGAAGAUGAGCGGCUGUACCAAGCCGGCUUCAUGCACCGGCAGUUUGGGGCGAUGCUCCAGCCAGGAGUCAACAAGUUCUCCCUGCGGAUGCUGGGGAGUGAGAGGGCCGUAGAGCACGAGAGGGAACGUGUGAAGUCUGCGGGCUUCUGGAUAAUCCACCCCUACAGUGAUUUUAGGUUCUACUGGGAUUUGACAAUGCUGCUGCUGAUGGUGGGAAACCUCAUCAUCAUACCUGUGGGCAUCACCUUCUUUAAGGACGAGCACACACCGCCCUGGAUUGUCUUCAAUGUAGUAUCAGACACCUUCUUCCUUAUGGACCUGGUCCUCAACUUCCGCACAGGCAUCGUCAAGGAGGACAACACUGAGAUCAUCCUGGACCCGCAGCAGAUUAAGAUCAAGUACCUGAAGAGCUGGUUCGUGGUGGACUUUAUCUCCUCCAUACCUGUGGACUACAUCUUUCUUAUUGUGGAGACACGCAUCGAUUCAGACUUUUACAAGACAGCGCGGGCCCUGAGGAUCGUCCGCUUCACAAAGAUCCUCAGUCUACUGCGGCUACUGCGCCUCUCCCGGCUCAUUCGCUAUAUCCACCAAUGGGAAGAGGUUUUCCACAUGACGUAUGAUCUUGCCAGCGCAAUGGUGCGUAUCAUGAAUCUGAUUGGCAUGAUGCUGCUGCUGUGUCACUGGGAUGGCUGUCUGCAGUUCCUGGUUCCCAUGCUGCAAGACUUCCCUGCAGACUGCUGGGUCACAAGAAACAAGAUGGUGAAUGACACGUGGGGUCAACAGUACUCUUACGCCUUGUUCAAGGCCAUGAGCCACAUGCUGUGCAUCGGGUACGGGCUGUACCCCCCUAUCGGCAUGGCUGAUGUGUGGCUCACCAUCCUCAGCAUGAUUGUUGGAGCUACCUGCUUUGCUAUGUUUGUGGGGCAUGCCACUGCUCUCAUUCAGUCUCUGGACUCUUCGAGGAGGCAGUACCAAGAAAAGUAUAAACAAGUGGAGCAGUACAUGUCCUUCCACAAGCUCCCUGCAGACAUGCGCCAGAGGAUCCAUGACUACUACGAGCACCGUUAUCAGGGCAAGAUGUUCGAUGAGGAGAGCAUUCUGGAGGAGCUGAAUGAGCCACUGCGGGAGGAAAUCAUCAACUUCAACUGUCGCAAACUGGUAGCCUCCAUGCCGCUGUUUGCCAACGCUGAUCCCAACUUUGUCACCUCCAUGCUGACCAAACUGCGCUUUGAGGUCUUCCAGCCAGGCGACUACAUCAUCAGGGAGGGAACCAUCGGCAAGAAGAUGUACUUCAUCCAGCAUGGCGUUGUCAGUGUCCUGACCAAAAGCAGCAAAGACACCAAGCUGACCGAUGGCUCCUAUUUUGGAGAGAUCUGCCUGCUGACCCGAGGCCGGAGGACAGCCAGUGUGCGAGCAGACAACUACUGCCGGCUCUACUCUCUGUCUGUGGACAACUUCAAUGAAGUGCUCGAGGAGUUUCCUAUGAUGAGGAGAGCGUUUGAGACUGUAGCUCUCGACCGCCUGGAUCGUAUUGGGAAGAGGAACUCUGUUCUACAGCAUAAAGUCCAGCAUCACCAAAGUUCUGGCACACUAAACAUUCACGAAACAGAGAUGAUCCAAAGAAUUGUGCAGCAUGACCGUGACAUGGCCCAAUGCACACAGCUGAUCCAAACCAGCACUGCGCCAAGUUUAAACCCUCCCCCUUGUCCUCCAUCACCCACCGCUGUCAUUUGGACCCCGCUGGUUCAGGCCCCUCUUCAGGCUGCUGCUGCCACCACACCACUGGCUCUGGCCCUAGCCCAUCACCCCCAGCUGCCUCCCAUUCUCUUCCACAAUCCUCUGGCUCCAGGUUCUGGUUCUGUGAAGGACCACACCACCCAUUCAAAGAAGGUGCACAUUGGAGCGAACAACUCCAGUAGCUGUGGUUCAGGGGCCGGUUCUCCUGCCAGCCCCGCCAAAUUUAGGUCUCUGGUUGAGACUCCAACCUUGGGGUUUCACGGACCACAUGUCUCCACUGGACCUGUGUCUCCCACUCUGACAUCUAGGCCCAUUUUUACCAGUAGCCUGCAGCCUGUCACCCCUUUUCCCACACACCAGCCUUUUACCUAUCCAUCUCACUCUGGCAUGGCCCCAGUUUUUCCCGUCAGUCAGACCACCGUCCCCUACACCUGCUCCACUCAGCUCCACUCCCAGCCCUUCCACGGUGCAAUGACCACUCCACCACAACCGUUAAGCUUAUUCCAACAGGGGGCACCAGGGAGGCUGGCAGGGAGAUUCCCAGCUCCCACCAUUAGCCCUCUGAUCUGCAGCUCAGUUAACCCCAUACUGAGCCAGCUGCAGCAGACCUCUCAUGGCUCCAUUCAGCAGAUGGGGUUUAUUCACAACAGAGCCAGCAGGACAUCUAGUGAUGUGAGCCUCCCACACUUUCCCAUCCUCACCAACACUCAGUCUUCCACUGGAUUUAAUCAGUCAGCAUCUGUAGGUGGAGCUGGAGCUGCAGCCUCUUUAGCCCAGCACACUCUAGCUGGACUCCAUUCUGUUUUCCUCCCCCAGGUUCUCCCCGAGCAUUCGGCCCUUGCCUCCUUGGCUCAGUAUGGCUCAGCCGAAGUCUCGCCUUGCUACACCCCUCCUGUACACAGUCCUAGUACACAGAGCCCUGUGAGAGGAAGGACAGUUUACCACAGUGAGCUCCCCUGCACCCUGAGCGCUCACAGCUCUCUUACCCUUCAAACCUCUUACCCUGCUAGGGUGGCAUCCCCCCUGAAAGAGACGGCUGUGUCCUCUGCAGAUAUCUUUACCCAGGAAAUAAAGACUAUCUCAGGCUCUUACAGUUAUAUGCACCAGGAAAGGCCUUUGGUUAUGAGUGGCUCCUCCGAGGAAGCAGCAGGGGCUUUCUCCUCUCCCAUGGCUGUCAGUAAACCCUACACUGCAAUCCCAGGUCAAGCCACUCCUGUCAGUCAGACACAUUCAGGGCCUAAAUCUCUGAAUCCGUCGGCUGAUGUUCGAUCUCCUCUUGCUGAAUCUCCUGCUAAAAUGUUAGAGAACGAACACAAACAAAACAAACUUCCCUCGAACUUGUGAGUUUCACACACUGUUCUUUAAUGCCUGAAGUAUUGGGGGGGUUACCCCCUUGUUGGCUUUCUUUUAAACACCACUAUGUUCAGUCUUAAUGGGGGGGUUAUUCCUAUCAGACUGAAGGUCAGUGGUUGUAUUUGUAAUAAGAACAAAUGAAUCUUGAUGGCUUGACAAUUACAGAUAGUUGUUUUCUACAGAUUAUUGAGUCUUUGAAUAUGAUGAUCCAAAUUUAUUGAUGGGUAUAAAGUAUUACAAACACCUCAUAAAGAUAUCACUUGUUCUAUAUAUUAUAUUCUAACCUCACUCUGUGAUUAGUUGUUUUUGUUUUAAUCCUUGUUGUCCAUGCUACUUUGUAUAACUGUUUAGCUACAUCUGUUUAGUUAGAAAAUUGUCCCUAAGUGUACUGAUUUAUUAUUGAUACCAAAAAUUGCUGUCUUCUGUUUAUAUCCUUUCUGGGGAGUGCUGGAAUUGUUGUCUGAAUGCAAGGCAAGCCCCUCAGAGAUGGGACAAACUGCACUUAGCUUGUUUCAGAGAUCAGCCCAGUGCUUUGGUUUGAUGAUGGCAUGUCUUCCAAGAUAGCUUUUCAGCAAUAUUGCACACCCAAAUGGGUCACACACAUCAGAUCGCAUUAAGAACUUUGUAAUUAAUGUAGCGUAACGUUUGUCUGUCUGAGUGGGAGUAGCGGGAUUCAUUUGAAUGUGUCAAAAACAAAGGUGAUUAUGGUUAUCUGUAGGAACACCAGGCGAGUUGCACAAUGCAUGCCAACUCAUUUCAGUUUGGCAGUAACUUUGGUACAGAAAAUCCACAUAAACCGAGGGGUGUGUGCCAUUAGCAUAGUAUGCAAUAAUGUUUUUUUUUUUUUUUUAAUAGGCUUAUAAAGGUACUGUGAACUGAAGCACUUGUGUAUAUAAGUGAGAUUCUGAGUUUACUUAGAACUCAUUAAAUAAGGGAAUUAAAGUAAGAACAAGCAAUUGUGGAUAAUCAAACAUCCUGAAACCAGCGAUGCACUAAGAUUGAUGUGAAUGUUUCUUGCACCAGUCAAAGGGCUAAAAGCAGUUACUUGGACACAUGUUUAACAUGAAACCCUGACGGGUCAUAUUGCUGCAUAUUUACCUCUUUUAUUAUACAAUGUUUGAUUGUAAAAUUUGGCAUCGGUUGUUGAACAAUUGCUGCUUUGUCAUGCUAUGCUGAAUCAAAAGACUGCUUUUUAAAACCACUCUUACACCCUUCUACAUGUAAAUGUGUUUAGAUGAUAAGUUUCUCUUUCUGAACCUGCAGCUGGUGACAAACUGUGAGCAAACAAGCCGGUCAGUGUGUCAGAGCUUCUGAGUGUCCUGUCCAGUGGUUUUAGCUGCCUGGUUAUUGGACAUUGGUUUGUUGUGACUCUGCACCCCAUCUCACGAAGAAAGACACUCUCAGUCACCAGCCAGCCACUGCCAGUGAGCUCAAUCAGUCCUUCAUUAUUAUUCUCCUCCAACCAGCAGCAUCAGCUGAGCUUAAGUUUAGGUUUAUGUUGAGUAAGUUCAUUUUAAAGUUGUGUUAAGAAGACAAGAUGUAAAUUUUUCAACCAUUUAUUAGUUAAUUUCUCAAUUUUGUUGCCUUUUAACCACCAUAUGUGAUGAUUUAAUCUCCUGUAUGUCAGGCACAUUUUAUUUUAGCUACUGAAUUCAAUGCAAUAAAAUAACAU